GGACAUGAAUCUUAUUUCCGCAUAUAAAUAUCUGCAACGAGCCGUGAUCCAAAAAGUUCAUUUGCGUCUUAUACUUCAUACUUUCAAAUACUCAAGCGUGUAUAAUAAGUAUCCAAGUAUUCAAAAAUGCCGACCACAAUAGACUCGACGUCGACAUCCUGUUACAAAAAAUCAAGAAACCGAUGUGAUUCAAACUCUAACGAAGAUACAAAAAUUUUCAAGACGAAAGUGGAUUUGUUGAAUUGUAAACCAGAAGAUGUGAAACUGAAGAUGGAAGGAAAUAGGAUAAUCAUAGAGGGAAAACUAUUCAAUGAUAAACACAAGGAAAAACCAACCCACUUUUCUAAACAUUACAUAAUGCCAGAAAAUUGUGAUUUGAAGAAAAUGCGUUAUACAAUCACUUCCGAUGGUGUCUACAUAGAGGCUCCUAAAAGAGACGUAGAAGAAUGUUCCGAUUUUCCGCGACUUGAAGAUAGCUGCACCAAUAACUGCGUGGACCUCAACGACAGGUUCGAAAUCCGUUUGAACGUCCAAGAUUUCAAACCUGAAGAUAUAAAGAUCAAAGUGAACGGCAAUACCAUCACCAUCAAGGCUAAACGACUAGAAGAGGUUGGUAUGAAAAGAGUUAUCAAGACUUACUCCCUUCCUGAUUGCUGUGAAAUAACCAGACUAGAAAGAAGAUUCACUCCACAAGGCCAUUUGAUUUUAAGUAUCCCAAAAUUCUUAGGACUCUUUUGCGACCCAAAGAAGAUAAAUUCUUACGACGAAGAGGACAAAACUAAGGAGAACGUGAAGUGCAAGUUCAACAUUACAGCAGAAAAGUUCGAAAUCAAGAUUGAUGUGUCCAAUUAUAGACCUGACGAUAUCAAUAUUAUUCAACAGAAACGUAUGGUGACAAUCGAGGGUAAAUCGAAAAAGAAAAUGUGUAAAUCCGAGGAAACUUUCGAAAAAACUUUUGUGCUUCCCGCAGAUUACGAUAUCUCAAAAAUUGACCGUAAGUUUCACUCCGAUGGUGUACUUGUAGUGUCCGUGCCUCGGGCAGAAGGCAAGAUGAUGGAAGAUUUCAAAACUUUUCUACCUGAGAACGCCAUUUGUGAUAUGAAAAUCAAAGACGAUUACGUUGAAAUCAAACUUGAUACAGUUGGGUUCGAACCAGAAGAAAUAACUAUAAAACUAACUGGAAAAAACACCAUCACAAUUGAGGGAAAGCAGGUUCAACAGAAAGGAAGAAUUGCUAAGAGCUUCAUGAAGUCAUACCUAUUACCUACUGACUGCGAUAAUAAAAAAAUAAAGAAGCACUUAACAUCUAAUGGAGUUUUGAUCGUCAGGAUUCCAAGAAAUAAAAGAAGCUGUUCCCUAGAAAACUUAUCAGAUAUCCUAGAUAACAAUAAAAGUUUUGCUAGCCGAGGGAAGAGUGGCUCUUUGGAUAACUUGAGCGAGCCAGAUGAACAGGCCAUGGUAGACUCUGCAGAACUCGACAAUGAAAAGUUUGAAAUGAAAUUCAACGUUCACGGUUUCAGCACUGAGGAUAUUUAUGUGAAAAUCAACAAGAAUGUAGUUACUGUGGAGUGCAAGCACCCUAAUCCUGGUAAGGGUAUUGUGAAAUCUUACUUUGUUCCAAAAGCUUACAAUUUAAACGCCCUCCAUACCUAUAUAACACAUGACGAUAUUCUGGUCGUUACCAUCCCAAGAUUCAAAUCGCAAAGUCAUAUUGUUAAAAAUGAAAACAGAGAUGUGAAUCAUAACGACUACAUAACCCAAAAGAUUGGUGAUAAUUACAUCAUUAAAGUCGAUAUAAGAGGAUACAGAAAUAAUGAUAUUUCUUUAGAUGUUAAAGGACAAACUAUCAUUGUCCAAGGAGGUCAUCUAGGAAACCAAGCAAUAUCUAAAAGUUUCAGCAAGAAAUUUAUCGUACCACCCAAUUAUCAUAUGGAAGCUUUAACGUAUCACAUAUCGGCAGAAGGUUUUCUAAUUGUGGAGAUACCACAAAAAUUGAUGAGACAAAAUGCAGUUGAACCACAGUUGUACAGAUUUCCAGAACAUAAAGCAACCGAUACAUCCAAACUUUCUAAGAACCAGAUGUUUUAUCGUCAAAAUAGUGAUCAAACGUUUAAUCUCCAACCAAAUAUACCUUGCCAUGCGAAACAUCAAUAUUCAGAAGAUAAAUGUUCAGAUGAACCUGAUAGAUUCAAUCCGAUGCAAAGGAAAUACGCCCUAUCCACUCCUAAUAUUGGUGAAAAAUCUUUUUCCAACACUGUGAACAGUUUUGGUUCUUUGUUUGAUUCAAAUGGCAAUGAGAUAUACCAAGUAUACGUUGAUGUGAGAGAUUGCUAUGAAGAAGAUAUAAAUGUUAGGUUGAAGGGAAACAAUGUCAGGGUAGAAGGUAAGAAGAAGUAUUACGACGGUUCGGAAAACCUUUCAGAUUUUGUUAGCCAUUUUUCCGUGCCUGAAGAAUUUGAUAUGAAAGGGUUGCAGACAAGGCUGGAGAACGGAAUGCUUAUUGUUGAAAUUCCCAAAUACAAAAACAAGAAGAAGGUUAAUAAGGAGAUACCGUAUAUGGGAAAAGACCUACUAUCCAAUGUUAAGAUUGGCCAAGAAAAUAUCAUAGUGGAAAUGGAUGCUUCCGGUUUGAAAAUUGAAGAUUUUGAGAUCAGCACCUGCAAAAACGUUCUCACUAUUGCUGUUUUGAAAGGCGAUUCUGACAGAUUCAAAACCAAAGUGGACCUUCCUGACAAUACAAUCAUAGACGGUAUAACGAAGACCAUUACAUCGGAUGGAAAAUUAUUAGUUACAGUUCCAAGGAAAAAUCAGAGUAACUUCGAGACUUGCAUUCCAGAAUAUUCAGUCGUAUCUAGGGACUACGAAGAAAAUUCCAGGUUCAUCAAGAACGAAAAAAGAAAAUCAUGCUUGGUUCUCUCAAAGACUGCCCCGGAGAAAUCUAAAUCUGUAAAAUUUUUGGUAGACGGUUUCGAGAACGAAACAGCUGAAGAUGUAAAAUUUGCCACCCUUCCCAGAUCCACCAGAUGUAAAUCUUAUAAUUCUGUGUUUCUGGAAGAACCAUUCAAUACCAAAACGAACAAUCAAAUAGAGGCAGAAAAUUUCGAAUUGAAGAUUUUCGUACCGCAUCACGAACCUGAUGAGGUUGUUGUCAAAAUCAGAGGGGAUACAAUUACUAUAGAGGGCAAGAAAAAGAAUGAUGAGAGGAAUAUAUACUUUUCGAAAAAUUUCUUCAAAACCUAUAUAGUGCCGAAAAAUAUCGAUACAAGUCAACUCAAGACCACGUUUUCAGAUAACUACUUAAUUAUAACAGCUCCUAGAAUUGAUAUAGACGCGAGAGAUGUUUGAAAUUCAAUUAUUUUUCAAAUUUGACUGUCCAGUUUCUAGAAUUUAAACUUAUGUAGUCAGAAACAUUUUUCCACGAUAUUACAAUACAUAGGAACAAGCAUAUGUAAAAUCUGAAAUAAUAAAGUUUAUAAUUUUCAAA